CUCUGGCUGCAGCGAGGGGAAGCUGGCCUCACUGUGACUCUCCGCUCUGCAACAGGUAACACCCCAACUCCAAAUCUUUGCACCAAUGCUUUGCAAACUCCAAUCACUGUUUUCCACUUUUUGAUCUGCGUGCAAGGAAGUAAAAUUUCUCUGUCAGGUAUCUCUUGGGAAAGUCUUCUAGGCACAUUUUCCUUCUGCCUGACUAACGGAUUUGCCAACGGAUUUGAAGGGAGAGUGAGAGGAGCAGACAGCACCAAACAACACGGACUCACUUUAAAGAAAAGAAACGGGGGGAAAAAAGAAACAGGGAAUGAUGAUGGAAUUGAGGAUCCAGCUGAUCCCGACAGGGGAAAUUAUCCUUCCUCCGGGGAAAAAUGGAGAAAACUAUUGCCACAACUGCAAGGUGGUGGCUAGUGACGGGGUGCGGGCUAUGAUGGAGUCGGCCCUGACAGCCAGAGACCGGGUGGGCGUGCAGGACUUUGUCCUGCUGGAGAACUACACCAGCGAGGCCGCCUUCAUAGAGAACCUGCGCAAACGCUUCAAAGAGAACCUCAUCUAUACAUACAUCGGUUCAGUGCUGGUGUCAGUGAACCCAUACAGAGACCUGGAGAUCUACACCAAGAACCACAUGGAGCGAUACCGUGGAGUCAACUUCUACGAGGUCUCACCACACAUCUACGCAGUGGCAGACAACUCAUACCGUUCCUUGAGGACGGAGAGGAAGGACCAGUGCAUUCUCAUCUCCGGGGAGAGUGGUGCUGGGAAGACGGAGGCGUCCAAGAAAAUCCUGCAGUACUACGCCGUCACCUGCCCAGCCAGCGAGCAGGUGCAGACCGUCAAAGACCGCCUGCUGCAGUCCAACCCUGUGCUGGAGGCCUUUGGCAAUGCCAAGACGUUGCGUAACGACAACUCGAGCCGCUUUGGCAAGUACAUGGACGUUCAGUUCGACUUCAAGGGUGCCCCGGUGGGAGGCCACAUCAUCAACUACCUGCUGGAGAAGUCCCGCGUGGUCCACCAGAACCACGGCGAGAGGAACUUCCACAUUUUCUAUCAGCUGAUCGAGGGAGGCGAGGAGGACCUGCUGAGACGCCUGGGCCUGGAGAGGAACCCUCAGCAGUACCAGUACCUGGUCAAAGGUAACUGUCCCAAAGUGAGCUCCAUCAACGAUCGCAGUGAUUGGAAAGUGGUGAGGAAAGCCUUGUCUGUGAUUGGCUUCAACGAGGACGAGGUGGAGGAGUUGUUGAACAUAAUCGCCAGUGUGCUCCACCUGGGGAAUGUGCAGUACGGCGGGGAAGAAGGCAACGCCUGCAUCACUUCUGACACACAGAUAAAGUACCUGGCCAGGUUGUUAGGAGUGAAUGGUGCAGUGCUGACAGAGGCACUCACACACAAGAAGAUAAUUGCCAAGGGAGAGGAGUUGAUGAGCCCACUGAACCUAGAACAAGCAUCAUCAGCUUCGGGAGCUUUGUCCAAGGCAGUGUAUGGACGCACCUUCACCUGGCUGAUAGAUAUGAUGAAGACGAGUUUUGUUCUUUUUCCCUAACAGGAUGACUCCUUCAAGAAUUACUCAGUGAUUGGCCUGCUGGACAUCUAUGGUUUUGAGGUCUUUCAGCACAACAGCUUUGAGCAGUUCUGUAUCAAUUACUGUAACGAGAAGCUGCAGCAGCUCUUCAUCGAGCUCACCCUCAAGUCAGAGCAGGAGGAGUACGAGGCUGAAGGCAUCACGUGGGAGCCGGUGCAGUACUUCAACAACAAGAUCAUCUGUGACCUGGUGGAGGAGAAAUUCAAAGGCAUCAUCUCCAUUUUGGAUGAGGAGUGCCUGAGACCUGGAGACGCCAGUGAUUUAACCUUCCUAGAGAAGCUGGAGGACACUGUUGGAGGACACGCACACUUUGUCACUCACAAGCUGGCUGAUGCAAAGACCCGGAAGGUAAUGAGCCGUGACGAAUUCAGACUGCUGCACUACGCUGGAGAGGUCAACUACAAUGUCAACGGAUUUUUGGACAAGAACAACGACCUGCUCUUCAGGAACUUGAAAGAGGUCAUGUGUAUGUCAGAGAACAAGAUCCUCACCCAGUGUUUUGACAGGGAGGAGCUGAGUGACAAGAAGCGCCCAGACACGGCAGCCACCCAGUUCAAAGCCAGUCUGGCGAAACUCAUGGAGAUCCUCAUGUCGAAGGAGCCGUCGUACGUCCGCUGCAUCAAGCCCAAUGACUCCAAGCAAGCAGUUCGAUUUGACGAGGUGUUGAUCCGUCACCAGGUCAAGUAUCUGGGGCUGAUGGAGAAUCUGAGGGUGAGGAGGGCCGGCUUUGCUUACAGACGGCGCUACGAGGUCUUCCUUCAGAGGUAUAAGUCCCUGUGUCCAGACACAUGGCCUAACUGGCAGGGGAAACUGUCUGAUGGAGUGUCCACACUGGUCAAACACCUGGGAUACAAGCCUGAGGAGUACAAACUGGGCAGAUCCAAAAUCUUCAUCCGUUUCCCAAAGACCUUGUUUGCCACCGAGGAUGCACUAGAGACCAGGAAACACAGUCUUGCCACCAAGCUGCAGGCAGGAUGGAAAGGCUACAGCCAGAGGUCCAAAUACCAGAAACUCCGAACCGCAGCUAUUGCCAUCCAGGCCUGGUGGAGAGGGGUCCUGGCCAGGAGGAGGGCCAAGCGCAGGCGACAGGCUGCUGAUACGAUCCGCAGGUUCAUCAAAGGCUUCAUCUACCGCCACAAGGAGCGCUGUCCAGAGAACGAGUACUUCCUGGAUUACGUGCGCUACUCCUUCCUUAUGACGCUACGCAGGAACCUGCCCAAGAACGUCCUGGACAAGAGCUGGCCGACACCUCCAGCUGCUCUCACUGAGGCGUCAGAGCAUUUGCGUAAGCUGUGCAUGCAGAACAUGGUGUGGAGCUACUGCAAGAAGAUCAGUCCUGAGUGGAAACACCAGAUGGAGCAGAAGAUGAUCGCCAGUGAGAUCUUCAAAGACAAGAAGGACAACUACCCACAGAGCGUGCCCAAACUGUUUGUCAGCACAAGACUCAAUGGGGAGGACAUUAACCCCAAAGUGGUGCAGGCUCUAGGCAGCGAGAAGAUGAAGUAUGCAGUUCCAGUCACCAAGUACGACAGAAAAGGCUACAAGGCCCGGCCCCGCCAGCUGCUGCUCACCUCUAACAGUGCCGUUAUCGUAGAGGAGGCCAAACUCAAGCAGCGCAUCGAGUACGGAGCCCUGAAAGGUAUCUCAGUCAGCUCUCUCAGCGACGGCCUGUUUGUUCUGCACGUGCCCAGUGAGGACAACAAACAGAAGGGAGACGUGGUUCUGCAGAGCGACCAUGUGAUUGAGACCUUGACCAAGAUUGCGAUCUGUGCCGAUAAAAUAAACAGCAUCAACAUCAACCAGGGCAGUAUAAAGUUUACAGUGGGUCAGGGGAAAGAGGGGAUCAUAGACUUCACGCCUGGAUCAGAACUACUGGUGGCCAAAGCUAAGAACGGACAUUUGUCUGUGACGGCUCCCAGGCUGAACUCCAGAUGAUGGCCCCUCUGAACGCACCAGGACAAGUACUCCUGACCUCUCCCAUCCUCCAAUCACGCAACCGCAGACCCCGCUCUGCCUAAGCCAAUCAGACGCCAGCUGUCACCACAGGGUGGCAUGUGCUUCCAAUUGAAAAAAACAAAAAAAAACAAAUAAAAAUCCAGCAAAACUAAUUGAUAUAUUUAUGUUUAUAUAUUAUAUUUUUGGGAUUAAUACUGUUGCUGUUUGAAUAUUCUGAUUUUAUAUAUGAGGCCAAGGAAUAACAAAUAUUUUGGUGCAUUUUUCUUGCACCAUGUGUGUUUAUUGUGCUUUAUUUGGGAACAUGACCAAGAAAAACGAUGAGGGAGAAAAGUCAGACUAAGAGACAACAAUGAGAAGACAGGGAUUGUUGUUGAUGAAAAUCAGGGUUUGUUGUUGCCUCUUUUCUUUCCUGUUUACCCUUUCUGCUUGAUUUAUAGGCUUGAUUGUCUCGCUGACACUACUUGUCUAACUGGGGUGGUUAGCUGGUUAUUGAAGCAUGAAGGUGUGUAGAACAAGGCUGACAGUAUGUAGGAUAGCUGUUGAGAGGAUCGGGGACGAGGAAGAGUAAUUCUUCAGUCAAAUGGAGAUGCCCCGGCACGAAAAGGCCGGUAGUGUCAGACUGUGGUUCGCUAAAUCAGAAUAAAUAGUUGAAUGUACGGCUGUAAUUGUGCAGUGUUAGAAUAAGAAGGGAGCUUGUCAAGAGGGAUUCACUACAUAAAAUAAACAGCAUGCAGUGUGAAUGCUGCAAAAAGGAACAAAGUAUGUGAGGAGUGAGUGAGAAAAGGCAAGAGAGAGGUGAGAAGAAAGACGAUAGAACGCAGCAGUCGUUUGCCUUGGCCCCAGGAGCUCGUGCCUUUCUCCUUGACUAAUAUGUUCAUAGUUGAGCCGUGAAAUGAUGUUUGAAGACCAUGACACUCAACACGAGAAUGAGUCGAGUUACGUGUAGAUAGAAACAUCGUCCUCUGACUGAACAUUGGUCCAGCUUCCUGUACAGAGACCCCUUGUUCAGAACCACAUAGCAUGCUCUGAUUGGUCGAAGACCCCAGCGUCUCUCUCUGUAGUCAGCUACAUUUCCUCCAUUCUUCCACCUCUGACCUGCCUGUAGUCUCAGAACUGGAGCUUGUGUUUCGCUACAACUGAACUGGUCCGAUGGCUACACCUGACUGGGUUUGACACGUAUGUUUCAAACCUCUAUAAUCAUUUUUUUAUGUCCCUUAAGUCUCUCACUUUUUACAGUUCUAUGUCCCUCAAAGAGACUAAAACUAAAACAAUUUACAUACAUUGAAGCUACUAAUAGCUGUGUAUUGUCCAGAUGUUUGACAUGUUUAAAGGAAUAGUUUGGCAUUAGGGGAAAAUUGCUAGCUUGGCUCUGUCCAAAUAUAAAAAAUCCUCUUACACUUUUUGUUUUUUAAAACCAACUUCACAAAUAAAACAUCUUAAUUAGUGAUUUUAUUGUUACCUUUGAACAGAGUCAGGCUAGCGGUUUCCAUCUUGAUCAAGCUAGCCUCCUGGCUGUAGCUUCAUAUGGAGCGCACAGAUGUAAAAGUAAUGUUGAUCUUUUCAUCAAAUUUUGUGUAAUAAUUACAUCAUUAGAGCAUUCCCCAAAUGUCAAACUAUUCCUAUAUCGCCAGAAAAUACAAACAGUGGAGUUCUUUCCAGAAUUAUGCCCUUUUCAGGGUAGAAAAACAUCUCCUGAAAUAUCAUCUAAAUUGUUAAACCACACCAAAAAUCUUCAUUAAAUCCUGACAACAGUAAAAUAUUUAUGCAUUCUUAUAGGGAUAUAAAACCAGUUCAGCUUAAGGGCCUCCUGUAGACCAGUUCUCUCUGUCUAACCCGAACUCUGACUUAAGACCAAUCCUGAAAAAGUUGUGUUAUUGAAAACUUUUGAGAGGAGCUCCAAAAUGUUUCCAAGUUUGUUUUUUUUAGUUGUUUUUCCCCCCAAACCUCGCUCAAUGACAGAACUUUUUCUCUACGUGGCUCUGGGUGGCGAGGAGGGUGCAAUAUGCCGAGGCAGGACUGUGCGACUGCACUUAAAGUAUACUAGCCAAAGACCCUGUUGAUUUAUAGUGAUUCUGUGAUGUAUGAUUUAUAUUAUAUUAUUAUGUCGGUUCUGAAUGUUAUGUUGUUUUUCAGGAGGGACAUCUAUGUGUACAGUUUGUGUUCUGUGUUAUAAAUGACAGAUUCAAGCCAGCUGAGGUUUGAUGUGAAACAUUUUGGGAGAAAAAGCUUCUAGUAUUGUUUGUUCACGCAAACUUGUUCAUGUGCCUUGUCGGAUAGCAAUACAACAGAUCUGUGUGGAACUGUAAGAGAAAUACCUCCUUAGAGUCCGGUCUCCCAGCAGCACCUAAAGGUCUCCUCCCUCUGUGUGUAUAAGCUUUAUUCAAACCAAAUCCCAAGUUUAUCUAUUGAUUUACAGAUGCACUCCUGUUAUCAGUCCUGACUUACUGUAUGCACCACACCAAUGUAUAAUUAUGCCAACACACUAAAAGAUAAGAUACUAAAGAUUUGAACAAUAAAUUUGAAAAGUAAAUGCAAACUGAU